AUGAAUAAUCUGCGAGCAGACAUUAACGUCUCGUCUCUUUCUGUCACAGGCUUUGAAAGCAUCUUAGAGGGCUUGUUUGGGCCGGGACUAGUCAAGGACGUCACUUUUUUCCAAGACUGCGAGCCAGAGGAAGUGUCUGACUGGUCCUUCGAUGAAAACUGUCUCUUCUGCUGCUUAAGACGUGAGAAAAACAAGGAGCACAUCGUGGAAAACGGUGGAGGCGGCCACGUGCUGUCGGAGUGUGAGGACUUCAAACAGGGGCAGUCUCGGAUCAGCCGGCUGGAGAGACAGGCCCGAGACUUCCUCAAUGCUGUGUUCCACAGAAAAGACCUCCCAAGUUUCUCUGACCCUCACAUUCCUCUAGUGGCUCGUGAGAUCAUGCAGCGAAUGAUCCACCAGUUCGCUGCCGAAUAUACCUCAAAAACUACUCAGGAAGACCUGCCCCUGCGCAACGGCACCAUGAAGGACCAAAGCCUGCCGAGAGCGGUGUCUCUGCCCCCCGCCCCGACCUCCCCGGCCGGGCCCACGCCCGGCUCCCCUCCGUCGUCGGCCUCCUCCUCUCCGUCCCCGACUCCGGGAGCGGGCUUCAGCCCCACCGCCGUCACCUCGGCGCCCGCCAGCAUCCAGAGCAGCAACGGGACGGGAGCCAGCAACAGCGGAGGGGGAGGUGCGGCUGCUGCCUCUGCACAGAACCCGGUCCUCAGCAAGCUUCUGAUGGCGGACCAGGACGGCCCACUGGACCUGACCGUCAGAAAGGCGCCGGCUGACCAGGAGCCCAGCCAGCAGGAUGGAGUCUUGGACCUCUCCACAAAGAAGAACAACAGCAGAGGAAGCCCGACAGCUUUACAAGGCUUCACUCUUGCAGCUGGGGACAAAGGACAUUUGCUGAAGGCGGAGCGUACCCUGUCAGAAGUGGAGGAAGAGGACGGCCUCCUGCAGAAGAGUCUGCAGGACGGCCUGAGGGAGAGCUACGCCAACUCCUUCAAGCCGCCGCUGGCCCGCUCGCUGCGCAUCAAGGAGGAGCUCCUCAGCCAGAAGCACCGCCUGCUGAGCCAGCCCGCCGCUCUCUCUCUGGCCAACCUAGAGUCGGCCGGCUUGCUUAAUCACGGGCAGUCCCACUCCUUACUCAGCCAAAAGGGCUCCUCUUCUCUCUGGGAAAGCAAGGCCCACCUCGAAAGCCUGAUGAAGCUAAAGCAGGCCGGUGGGGCUCUAAGCGACCUCAAAGACCUGCCUACAUUCCUGGAAAAUCACCACAACCACCAUGGAGCCUUCUCGUACAAGAGUUCCCUCCACCAUCACAGCCACAAUCAGGCCUCCAAGGCUCAGCACCACCACAGCGACGGGAAGCGAGAGCAGGGCCACUCGCCGCCCGUCGACCUGAAGAUCCCACAGGUACGGGGCAUGGAUCUGUCCUGGGACUCCCACGCCUCCGAGCUGUACGGCUACGGCGCCAUGGGCGUCGGGUCUGGAGGUCACGGCGAGAACAGUCUGAGCCGGAAGCUGAGAGCCAUCUUGCCCAAACAGAACCGGCGCGGCGGGAGCCUGGGGAGCCUGCUGGACGGGGCGGCGGAGUACUGGAACGCCGACAUAGACAGCUCCACCUCCGGCCCGGCGUACUCCAUCUCCGACGUGGAAGUGGACCCGAGCUCCAAGCAGCCGAGGAAGAAGAGGGGCCGGUACCGCCAGUACAACAGCGAGAUCCUGGAGGAAGCCAUAGCCGUGGUGAUGAGCGGGAAGAUGAGCGUGUCCAAGGCGCAGAACAUGUACGGCAUCCCGCACAGCACCCUGGAGUACAAGGUGAAGGAGCGCAUGGGAACCCUGAAGAACCCCCCAAAGAAGAAGCUGAAGCUGAUGAUGAAGAUGGAGGCAGGAGGCCAGGAUUUCCCGGCGGAGCCAGAGAACGCAGCCGCCACGACCCCGCGAGACGACGGGCUGGCGCUAGCCGCUGCCGAGCUGAAGGAAAACGCAAAGGAGAAGGCGGACGACGAUUCCAAACCAAUCGACUAAACAAGCCACACGCUAAACCUCACACGACGUUCGUCACUUCAAACACGGAUGGGGCUUUCUUUGUGCCAAUUUGCUUUGCAGUAUCUGGGUGAGCACAAACGGAGGGACGGAAUGAGGAGGAUUCCUAAAAACUGCAGAGAAACACCUAAUCGGACACUUUUUACCCGCCGAGCGAGCAUUUGUUUAGCUUUUAUAUCCAAAGCUUAACAAAUGCAACGGAGAACAAUAGUUAAGUAAAAGACAAUUAAUGAAAAUUCUUUAAGCAUGCUGAUAAUCCCCGGCCCCACAAACCCCGACCUCUCCUUUCCCUGAACUCUACACACGGAUCUGUUGCUGCUUACAAACGGAGUUUGGGCUUUGGAUGAAUCCCAUCUACUCUGGGGAAAACAAAUGAAUGUUCAAAAUUUACAAACACAAUCCGACCAAUUGGGCCCGUUGCCACUCCCCUCUCAGAGAAUUUUCUGAAAUUGGUAAGUGAACUGUUUCUUACGUUUGAAGCCGACUGUAGGGUUGAAUCAUCCCAUCGUUUCCUCACUCGGGUUCGGAAUCAAACCCAUCCUCCUCUUGCCAGGUAGCCAUGAUGCUUUAACUGCAAAACUCUUUUCUUUCCUCCUUAAGAAUAUAAUCUCUGUGCAGACGAAAGCAAGAUUAACCCGUCCUCUUGUGAGCAAGAGAAGACACACAAAGUCAUUCAGGGAUGCAUGUUUGUGAGUUUCGUGGACACUACUGACUUCUGUAAUCAACUCCUUUUCUUCUCUCUUUAAUUUUCGUUUGGUUUGCUUUCUUUUGCACUACACUUUGGGUCUGGCGCUCACAGACCACGUUACCUCGGCAUUGUUGCCCAUGCAUCAUGCACUUAUUAUGGUCUGUCUCUGAAGCCCAGUCGCAACCUUGCAACGGGUCAGAGGUGCACAUCGCCUUCGAAUGCUGAUUCAUAUUCAGAAGCGGGACGCUCUGAAUUCACCCUCGUCUUUUCUUUCUUGUUUUUUCCCCCGUUUUGGUUUCGUUCUCACGCCAAGGGACAACUUGAAGGGUACUCUGAUUAUGGAUCAGCCGUUUUUAGGGCGGGAUGCUACCUCAUGGACCUCCUUCAGUCUGCUGAUCCUGGAAAAGGCGGAGCCACCUUCAGGUUGCCCUCCAAAAGAACAGAAACAUCGGUGACCAAAGUGAGCUCGACACCCUCAUGUAACGGCUUCUGGACGGCGGCGGCCUUUUGGGAUCAGAAUGUGAAACUGUGCUGCUAUCCAGUUCAUCGUCUCGACUCCUGCGAAGGCUUUUAGCGGGCCCAGGCUGAAUCAUUUGAACUUAGCCAAUAACAUCUUACUGCUGAUGUGUUUUUCUUUUUCUUUUCUAAUCAGACUAAGCAAAAGCAGCUUAGUUGAGAAGUUUUAAGACAAAUUCCUCCCCCGCUCAAACGUCAAAGACAGUUUAAAAGGCAGUUAUGUAUGAAACGAUGUGCAUUUAUGGAGGGGUGGGCUCGUUUUGGGGUAAUAUGCAGUGGGCGGGGUUAGCUGUUAGGUGGGGACAGGCAGAUUUUAAUAUAUUUUAAGUUAUUGUGACCGAUUAUGUAAAAGCCAAUCCAUGAUUCUGGGUGUUUUUGUUUUCUCCGCUCAUUUUUAACUCAGGGUAACUGAGAUGGAAGACGUGGGUUACCAAUACGGUGAUUUCUUGUUGGACCUAUAGUAACAGAGAGGAGGACAAGACGAGCCUCUCGCUAAUACUUUCGAUUACGAUGGCGGUGCCAUUACAGAACAGACCUGCUACUGAAACACAGAAGGAGGUCAGGAAACGCUCAACGAUGGGUUUGUGAUUUGAACGUAUUGAACUAAAAUAGCACUUUUUAUCCAAGUGAGGGUAAAACAAGUUUGAGGUUAUGCAUGUAGUGUAGCUCUUCUUCACGGCAGACGGAGCAGAGGGGGAUGAAAAGCUUUAGUGUGUGACGACUUUCCGAACAUUGCAGCCCGAACCCAAACGACUCUUUGUCUUUCUUUGUGCUGCGGUUGAGGAGGAG